AUGCCGAUGAACAACAACCAGAAGGUCCAGGUGGGUGUAGCUGCCAGACUGGCUAAGCUGCCCAUGGUUAGCUCUGCUUAUGCCCAGCUGUCAGUCUUGUACACUGACACUAAGAGCAGCCACCCCAGCCUGAGGUCUGUGUGUGAGGUGCUGGAGAACAGUGUGACAGCUUUAGGCUCGGUGGCAUCUGACAGAUUUUCACCCGUCAUUGUUAAACUGGAGCCCCAAAUUUCCAUUGCAAAUAAUGUUGCAUGUAAAAGUCUUGACUGGCUGGAAACUACAUUCCCAGUGCUUCACACACCCACAGAGCAGAUUGUUAUCGAAGCUAAGAACAAGAUGCUGGAGAUCUGGGAUGUGGUGAACAUUGCAGCUAAUGGAACUCUGGGCUGUGUGCAUCACACUGUUGCCUGCGUUAUUGAAAGGAUGCAGCAGGAUGACGAGCAGUCUAACCAUGCAGUUUUGGAGACGGCCAUAAGAGUGGUCAGUAUAGGACUGGACUCUGCUCUGAGCAUGUCUGAGGCUCUGAUGGACAGAGUGCUUCCUCCGACAGAGGAAGAAAAAAAGGAAGAAACCCACUUGGUGGAGGAUUUUGAGGCAGCUGCACUCAGGAGAAGAUACCAUGUGAGGCUGGUGACACUUACUGCCAAGCUGUGCAGAAGGACUUAUCACAAGGCUGGGGCCAAGAUGCAGUCUGUUGAGGUCAUGUCCAGGUCACCAGGUCUUCUUCGGGACCUUCAGACCAGCUGGCUGGCCUUGUCCUGGAGUCUCCAGGGAGUCCCCCAGUAUCUCCAGCAUCAGGUGUUCAUAUUUAUCUCCCAGAUGUACCACGUAGGCCGCCCUUCAUCACAACAAAACCACUCCAGUCAAGAUAGGAGUUGCCUCAAGGCUGCAGAGGCCCCCAUGGCUUACAAGGAUGUGGUUAAAAUCCCCCCGAAGGUUACACCUAACUGCAGGAUGAGAAGGGCUGUCAAGACAUCUAUGUUUGAAAAUGGAUGUAAUGUUAAAGGAUGUGUGCCCCGUUGA